AUGGCCCUCAUAGUCGACAAGCAUCGACCGCGAUCACUCGACGCUCUCACAUACCACCCAGAGCUAUCAGAUCGUCUCCAAUCAUUGGCACAAAGCGGUGACUUCCCCCAUCUCCUCGUCUACGGCCCUUCAGGCGCCGGCAAAAAGACCCGAAUCGUCGCCACCCUCAAAGAACUAUACGGCCCGGGCGUAGAGAAGAUCAAAAUCGACUCCCGUGUCUUCCAAACCACCAGCAACCGUAAGCUCGAAUUCAACAUUGUCGCAUCAGUAUACCACCUCGAAAUCACACCCUCCGACGUAGGCAACUAUGACAGAGUCGUCGUGCAAGAUCUCCUCAAGGAGGUCGCGCAAACACAACAGGUAGACCAGUCGGCGAGGCAGCGGUUCAAAGUCGUCGUUAUCAAUGAGGCGGACCAACUCACGCGGGAUGCGCAGGCGGCGCUCCGUCGAACAAUGGAGAAGUACUCCCCCAACUUGCGGCUCAUUCUUCUCGCCAACUCGACGGCGAAUAUCAUCGCGCCGAUUCGGUCGAGAACCCUGCUCGUGAGGGUGGCGGCGCCUACGCACCAGGAGAUUUGCGAUGUGUUGGCUGUGUCGGCUAAGAAGGAGGGAUGGGAGGUGGUCAAGGGGUUGCAUGAGAGGAUCGCGGUGGAGAGUGGGAGGAAUCUGAGGAGAGCGCUGUUGAUGUACGAGGCUGUUCAUGCGCAAAAUGAGAAAGUGUCGGAAAAUACGCCCAUUCCUCCAGCAGAUUGGGAGGCUUUGAUCGGACAGAUUGCCAAGGAAAUCAUGGAUGAACACACUCCUGCUCAGAUUCUGCAGGUCCGCGCCAAGUUCUACGAUUUACUGACGCAUUGUAUCCCGCCGACGACGAUUCUCAAAACCCUCACGUUCAAGCUACUCACGCUGAUUGACGAUGGUCUCAAGGGCGAAGUGAUUCAGUGGUCGGCGUUUUACGAGCAUCGCAUCAAGACGGGGACAAAGGUGAUUUUCCAUCUGGAGGCGUUUGUGGCCAAAUUUAUGCGUAUUCUUGAAAUGUAUCUCAUGAGUAUGGAGAUGUGA